GAGAUAAUGUUGAGUGAAAGGAUGAGACAGCAAAUAAAGCUAUGGCAUUGAGUUUCAGUGGAUCUCAAAAGUGUAGAUGUAUCCCCUCCAUCUUGUACAGGUCAACUGAAAAUGUCGAAAACGCAGGUAUAACCCAGUCGUGCAAAUGGGCAGCCAUUAAACUCUGCAAAUCUUGAUUAAAGCAGCUUUUGAUUUAAGUUCAAUUUUUAUCUUUUUCUAGGUACACUGCCAACAUCUAUUAUAGUUAAUCUGAUUAAGUUCAGCUACUGAGCAGGUUUUUCAAAUAUUUACAGCCUUUUUCUAAAGUCACAGUUUCAGAGUAGUUACAAUGGAUCAAAGUAAUCUCGCUACACAAUGUUAUCAGUAAGAAAAAAAAAGAGCAGAAAAUAUCCCUUCACCAUGGUACCGUGAACACAGCUAUCAACAAUUAGAUACAAUAUUGCACAACAGGAACAUUAUGAAUGCUUCUCUAAAACUGAGAAAAAAAACAUCUGAGAGAGGUGCCAUAGUGGUGCAGGGGAAGUCUGCACAACCCGCAUAUGGAGGCAGAAACUCGACAGAAACUAGGAACUAGAAACUAAACAGGAAAAACAUCAUCAGUGGCCAACUAGCCUACACAUUCACAGCAGGCUCUGCUGUUGGAGAGGAGCUGUAGUGAGAAGAGGGCAGGGGGUUUGCUGCCACUAAAUGGUUUGAUCAGCUCAGCUGCCAUUGUCGUGUUCAUCAUUUUAUGUGGCUGGCAUUCAGUUUAUAGAGCACCAUCGCCACUUCCUGGGUUAAAGCACAAAGAACCAGUAAUACUGUUUGUUAGAGGGAAAGGAAACUAAAGUCACGCUGGUAUUGGGCUCUGUAGUAUCGGAAAAGUUUUAUGAAUACAAAUACACACACAUGGUAUCAGAUACCCAAUGUUGGCAUCAGAGCUGGCAUCCUGAUGACGUCAUAUAUCUUCGGCUUGCAGAAGAAUUUUGUUCUUUUCCCGUACCACUAGGUGGGACUGGGAGGGAAACACACGUGAUACCUUGACCUCGCUGCUCAGGUAGAAGACUGCGUCUUUGAAAAAAACCCUAGAUCCAAAAUUAAUUAUUUGGCUUGGUUUGUGUAUCCAGUAACUGUGGCUGUAAGUAACUCUGAACCUGGUUUGUUCACCUAUUGAAAGAAAGGAUUGGAACGAGCUACAGAUUCCCAAGAAGUCCCUGAUAAUGUUGACGAAGGGGUUGCUCCUCCACUGGCCUGAGAAGACAACACAGGAGUCGCUGCUCCAGGCGAACUUUCAUCUCAACUGCAAGACUGAGAAGGAGUGUUUUUUUGUUUGUUUUUUUUAUAUAUGUGUGCUGGACUUGUUAUACACAUAUACAACAAGAAUGGGUCACUCCUUUAUGUAUUGUUUUAAAAUACAACGCCUCAACAGUCAGGGAAUCAUUAACAGGGGUGGAGCUAUCUUUCUAAUAAUCGGGCGGUGCCCUAACCUAUUAAUCAUUACUCCGAAUUACUAAUUCGGUUAGCAAUUGGGUUUGGCACUUGAUAAUAGUUAUAAAAAGAAAACCAAAGUAAAUUUAUUGUGGCACAACAAACCUCCUUCUCUCAGUAAGAGAAGUGAGGAUGAGUUGUGGCUGGAUCGUUCAGCGUGACAAUGACCUGAAACCUACAGGGAGGGGAACUAAGGAGUGGCUUUCUAAGAAGCACUUUGAGUUCUUGGAGCAGCUGAGCCCGUCUCCAGAUCUGAAUUCAAUAGAACAUCUUUGGAGGGAGCUGAAGCUGAAACUGCUGCCAGUCUGCUUUUUUACAUUCUGUCUCUUACAUUUCCUUCAGUGAAAGAUUAUCCAAAGAUUAUUAUAUCCCCCCACUGUGACUGAACAUGAGUUCGAAACAUGACUGCAAUUUCCUAUUUUCUCCACUUGUUAGGACUUGGUAGUGGCCAAACAGAAGCAUCUUCAUGCAAAGAAAAUAUCCAAGUCGGGUUAAAUCUUACAAAGCCUUGUUGAAAUGCAUUAUAGUCUAAAAUUAAACUUUUCUCCACAAUUCCAAAAAGUACGUUGAACAGAGAAACUACACUAUAGAUUACCAAUAGAGAACUGUACUCAUAGUGCAGUAUGGUUGUGGUAUCAUCAUGAUCUAGGAUUACUUUUUUCAAGAUUGAAGUGGGGUUUUCUGUGGAGGUAUAUGACUCUGCAAACAAUCAAUAACGUCUGAUUAGAGCCAAAACUUCAAGAUGUCUGCUAGAAAGCUAAAGAUAAGAAAGGACUUAAUUUCUGAGCUUCACAGUAAUUCAGAGUCUAGAAUUAAACCCAACAGACAAACUGGAUUCACUUGGGGGAAAAAAGCUGUGGACAAGAAACGUCUUGAAAUUGUGAUAAAUUUGUACAAUUUCUUCAAAGAACUGGGGACAAAUAUUACCCUGUGAAGAAGUGAGAUGGAACUACUUCUGAUUCAAAUGCUGAAUUUCAAUCAGAAACUCCACAAAAUACUUUGGUGUGCAAACUUAAACAACCAGCUUAUUGAAGAAUUUUUAAUUUUGACCUUCUACCAGACUUGUUUGUCAUACACUAAGUGUUAAAAGUACAAGAACUAGUUGCAGAUACCGGCCGCCACAAUUAAAAUGACAUGUAGGAGAAUUGAUCAGUUCUGAUAUAAUUUACAAGCCAUAACCGAUAACCUAAAGAACACGUUACUGAAAAAACCCAACAGUCUUGACGUUAAACUUUAAAACAUAACAUAUUUGUUUUACUUUUUUGUACAUGUGUGUAGAAAAAAAGCAAAUGUAUGGGGCAGCUUAGUUCUCUCUUCCCCAGGAAACUGGACAAUGCAGGACAGCCAUGGACAUCCAAUACAAUGUGUGUGUCUGUGUGUAUAAAUAAAUUCACACAGAAGUACGAGCACACAAAAAGAGAUUUGUCCUGACGACAUUGGUGACAACCCUCUCUCCACUAAAUGCAAAUAACUCAGACAAAAAAGCUAUUUGAUUUCCUACUGCUGCUGUUUAGACUGUACAAAGCGCUUUAACGCUCAAAGGCAAACGCAUAAAGCAGAUGAAAUGUCGAGACGGAACGAAUGUCAAACACGGCGCUUCUGAUCUGAGUGAGGAUUUUUCUGACCACGGUCUGACGUCCGCAGAAGAAGUAGGAUAAAAGGAAGAGGAUGAAUUUGAGAAGAGGCAGCAGGUGUGCUGUACCGAAGGGAGAACAAGAGUUUCACCUAUCAUGCUGCAGAACUCAAACUCCAGGAAUCCUGCCAUAGUUGCGUCCCUACUUAACAACGCUCAAAGCAAAACAGCAAAAAUGAAAAGGUGGAGCCACAGGAGGAGCAGUUUUCAAGGAAGCUACUCCACUCGAGGACAAUAUUCACAGAACAGCAUGAACAGCAUCCUGCUGGACGGGCUUAUCUGCUGAAGUUCACCGAACUAAAGAAAGAAUAACCCUGGACAGAAAGAUUUUCUUGGAGCACCUUUACUCCAGACUCGUCGCAUAAAUGUUUCCGGAGUCUUCCUCGUCUUUGGAGGACAGUCUAACUGCGAAAAUGUUUGCCAUCAUCGAGCAGUGGGAUGAGGCGUCCAACCAAUACACAGACGUCACCAACAAGUACUUCAUGCUUUUGCUCAUCAAGUUUGGACUGGAAACAGCUGUGUUUUACUCAUGCAGCCCGAAAAAGUAUAUGUACUUUUUAAGCGUCUGCAGCCUGUCCGUUUUGCUGGCUGAUUUUCUUCUUACAUUGUUAAUGGGAGCUGCCUGGUUUCUCGGCCCAGAGAAGUCGUUGCCGUCAACCUGCUUCCUGUUGGCUACAGCCUCAACAACAUACGGAGCUCUGCCACUCCCUAUGUUGAUCCUCGGCUUUAUCGACUACUGCUUAGACGACACCUUUAUGAGCAAUGUCUCAGUGUUAUGGAAAACAUUUAGAAAUGUAAUCUUGACCAUGGUGGUUUGGGCGGUUGCUAUUCAUAACUCACUUCACUCUGAUUAUGCCAGACUGGUGGAACUGGAUUCUUCGGGGGAGAUAAAGGUGCUUCUCUGUAAAGUAACAGAGUCAACAGUGAUCACAACCUUUACUUUCGGACUUUUCAUGGCAUGCCUACUGACACUGGUGCCAUUUUGGUCCAGAAUUCCCCAGUGGUUGAGAGAAGUCGACAGGAUGCUUGAAGCACGGGAGCAGCAGCAGAACGUGAGGAGCGAUCUGCUCCUCACUUCAACCUGGAAUCCCAACCCAGAAACAAAAACCAGACCGGAGGAAUAUCCCGAGGAGAACAGCCUGACGAGGCCUCCUCUGUGGUUCAGCAUAACACUUGGCUUUAUAUUGUUCUGGAUGCCAUAUCUUGUGAUGUCUGUCUCUUGCCUGAUCUGCGGACUUGGAGUACCCACACACCUCGGAGUAAACCUUCUGUGGUUGGAGUGCUCCAACAGCCUCCUGGUGGGUUUGGUGUUCUGGGCAAAGAGCUACACAAAGGGGCCUUACAGCAGUCUACCAGAGGACGUGUGCUUAUGGCAGGUUUACUGGCACUUAAGCAAAGAUAUACGACGGUCUCUGCCACCUACCGCUGUGCUUAAAGCACCAUGUGAAAAGAAGAGCAGUUCAUUUCAUGUGUAGAAAAAAUAAAUAAAUCGCCCAACAACACAGCAAUGCAGACUAAAUGACAGUCCUCCGGCAUAUGAAUCGAUCAGUGAUCGGACUCUGUGGUUGUUACUCCAUCCUGCUCAUGGCAGAAUGUUACAAAAGCUAGACUCAGAAACGAAUCUCCACAGAUCGUCCUCUCCAGAAGCCAAGAGGUGAUUAAUUGCAGCUUUAAAUGAACUGUUAACUUUUCACUGCAUGCCUACUGAUACUGGUGCCAUUUUGGUCCCGAACUCUGCGAAGUUGAUCUUCGCAGCAAAAUGUUGCAACUGUUUACUGUGCACGGAGGGAAAUUUGCAAUGACUACAAAAUGUAGCAGAUCACUUUAUCUUCUUUUAUUUUAACUUUAUGGACUCUACUGAUACAUGUUUGUCAAAAAAUAAUAAAAAAAAUUUCU